GUGACAGAGGCGGUGACCAAGAAGGUGACCGAGAAGGGAGAGAGAAGCAUCCUCAGAAGCCUGAGCUCGAACCUGAGAAGACCUUCCUUGCCCAAGACCUGCAGCCAUGAGCCUGCAUCUGAAGGUUAAGAUGCUCACUGGGAUGGCGUGCACAGUAAAGGCAGGCUACAACACCACUGUCCUGGACCUGAAGAAAGAGAUUGCCAAUAAGCUCAGUGUACCUGCAUAUGAGCAGCGGCUGGCCACAGAGGGUGGGGAGCUAUUGCUCAACUGGAAAGCCCUCUCCCAGCACAGGGUGAAGAAUGGGGAUGUAUUGCUGAUGGUGGUGGAUCACAACCAGUCCUUAGACAUCCUGGUGCGGAAUGACACCCACAGCAGCUCCUACCGCAUCCAACUGAGCCAGACUGUGGCCCAAUUGAAGAAGAUAGUGCAGGGCAGGGAGUCGAUCAGAAGGGACCAGUUCUGGCUCUGUUUUGAGGGGCAGAACAUGCGAGAUAAUGACCACUUGGGAGACUAUGCCCUCAGCCCACUGUGUACCAUCCAGAUAAACCUAAGGCUUCGUGGAGGAGUUACAGGCACUGGGGGCCUUGGAUCCACUGGAUAGGGAAGAGAAUGUGUGUGUGUUAGGGGGCCUUGUCAUUCUCUUGACUCUUUAAUCUGACUUUCCUCUAGCUCUUGGGCUGGGAUCAAUGAAGGGCUGGGCCUUGAGAUUUGGUUUGAUGCUUCCCUAUUGACCUGCCAUUCUCUACUCCCCUGGGUCUUGACUCCUCUCCUAGGUCUCGACCCUUUCCCUGGCAUGCUCCCUGCCUGAAAUGUCUGGAUCCAACAGUUAUAAUGAAUGUCAAUAAAGGAGAAAA